GUGUACUAGAUUUUAAAAUGUUAGUCUCAAUUGUGAAGCUUGUUGGGCGUGUGGAGACCACAGUCGUGUCUAAAUCAUAACCUUUUCUUUGCCCAUCUCUGUAACCUCUUCUCUUUUAUCCCAGAAAUUUCUCUCUUCUUCUAGAGAAAUUUUACCAUCUUCUCCUCAAAUAUUCAAACAAAUAUCUUAUAAUCAUGGCUAUGGUGAAUGCAGCUUUAUCUCCUUCUCUAAACAAGUCCCUAUUCUCAUCAUUUCCUGCUUACUCUCAGCCUACUCCAACUCUAUUCAAAACACCAUUAAAUGAGGCAGUGUCUGCUUCUACAAGGAGAAAAUGUAUGUUUCCAUCUCUUGCAAUCAAGAAACCCGACUAUCCGGAGGUUGACGAAGAAGCUGCGGAACAUGUGGAGGAGCUGCCUACAGAGACAUUGUUGUACUCUUUCACUCCUUUACCGCUGCUAGUUGUUGCUGCUCUUCCCGGAGCUGGGACAGUGAGGUCUCUCUUCGGACCUUUCGUUGAGCUUGUGAAAUCAUUCAAUCUUCCUGACUGGUUAGUGCAUUGGGGUCAUCCUGGCAACAUGGCUGUUGUGCUAUUUGCCAUGGGUGGCUAUGGAACAUACCUUGGAUUUAAAAUCAAAUUUUCUGAUAAUAUGGAGGAGAAGGCUAUGGCUAAAGACUUGCAUCCAAAGCUUUUAGGAGGAAUGUUUUUCUUCUUUGCUCUUGGAGCAACUGGUGGAAUAAUAUCUUUACUUACUUCUGAUAAACCAAUCCUUGAGAGUCCUCAUGCUGUUACUGGUGUUAUUGGCCUAACUCUAUUGACCAUACAGGCAGUUUUACCAACAUUAUUUAAGGAAAACCCAGGAUUGAGAAAUGUUCAUGGGAUAUUGGGCAGUGGCAUCAUGACACUUUUUCUUGUCCAUGCUGCUCUUGGACUUCAACUUGGUUUCAGUUACUAAUAAGAGUGUUCAAAAAUUGAAUCAAUCCGAUAACUGAAUCGAACAAAUAAAUUAUGUUCGCUUCAGUUUGAAAUUAUAAAAACAGUUCAACUUUUUGUUUUAUUUUAUUUUAAAAAUAAAAAAAUUCAGUUGCGUUUUGGUACAAACCGUAUCGAAAAAUUAACUGAGGCUACAAUUUUAGUUCGAUUUAGUUUUAAGAAAAAAAGAUUGAAAUUUUACUAAUGUAGUUUGGUUAUGUUCUAAAAGAAUAAAAGUUUGAUUUGAUUCAA